UUGACGAUUUUAUUUGUCAUCCGUUCCUCAACUUCUUCCACGCCAACGUUAAUCCCUAAAGAAGACUUGUACGAAGUUCGAGAUGGUAGUUACUGGACAGAGCGACGAAUCGACGAGAAAGGAGACCAUUGGACCAGACAAGCAAACUUGGAUAGGCUCGAAGUGCUUGCAAACGAUGCAGUUUUAAAUCUAACGUUUAGAAGCUGCAUUGAAGAUAAAUCAACUGAGCAGAAUCAGUAUGCCGAUGAUGCUGGACAAAACUCAAAGUUUGAAGAUGUACACCAGGUAUUUAAAAAUCUAUUUGUUAUCCAUUCCACCAUAAAAUGAUUUGAUAGUUACACAUUUUCUUGUCUUUUAACAUUUUAAUCAAAACAAUUUCAGAACUGUGCAAGACAGCUUAUCAAGCCAUUAAUCAUGUUAAUUUUUUUAUAAAUUACUUCAGAUGACAGUGAAUUAGAUCCUCCAGCUGAAUGAGCAAUCUAAGUGUCUGAGCAAAAAAAAAUCACCAAUAAUUUGACUGCGACAGUCAUCAAUUUAAGACGCAAAAGAAAUCGCAAAAUAGCAAGCAAAAUAGAGUGCAACUCACUCGUGGAAAAGUAACUCCGGACGAAAAGUUGCCAUCUGAAUCCCCUUUUUGGCUUCAAAGCUGUGCACGUCGGACAAAGUUAAAUUGCAGCGAGCGAGCAGCAAAGCAGGGGCAAAGCAGUACGGGUUCAGAGAGUCCAAUGUUCUCAACGACCGCGAUAUUAUAUUUACCGUCAAUUCUCUUUAUAGCGGACACUAUAGAGACCUCAAGUUAGUGUCCUCAUUAGCGAGAGCCCGUAAUAGCGGGAGUAAGUUUCAGUCAAACGUCUGCCUGGGUUUUAGCUGCUGUCCGUUUUAUCGGAGUGUCCGUUGUAGGGAGCUGUCCGCAAGGCGAGAGCUGACAGCUGUAUACGGAAGGUAUAUAAAGAGAAGUUCUGUAAUUAUUAACCUUUGACGCGCAAGAAAGGUACCUUUGCACGACUCUAAGGCCAUGUUCACACUCAUACAGACCGGUAUGAACAUCAUUUAUACGGGUUAGGGUACGGGUUAACGGUGAUUAAGGCGCGAUAUCUGUAUCUGAGUGAAGCUGGGCCGCGCCGAUCUCUACAGUGGAUGGUCACAUAUUAGAUACAAGGUGUUCCUUACCAUGAUAUCAAAUAGCUUUUCGUGUCAGCAUCAAAAGCAAAAGAACGUUUGCCCCUUAACUCUGAGUUGGGGUGGGUGGGAGGGAGGGGGUGGCAUUGCUGUUGGGAUUUGAAAGGAGAAAAGUAUUCCUGGGCCUCUCUAUAGUCAACAGAAAUAGACCUAUUCGGCUAACUCUAUGUUGUACACAAUUCAAACCCUUUGGGAAUAAAACGUUUUGUUCCAGGAAUUUCCAUAUCAUUUAAAUGUGAAUGCGAUAUUAUAGAGCGUUUUUCGUUUGACCCUGAAAUGAAAACACGCGAACAAAACAGAAGCAACAAACGAGAGGAACUAGAGAGAUUUGAUUGGUUUAUCGAGCGGAUACAAUCGCGAGUGGCUUUUGAUUGGUUAAGCGAACUCUCGGGUGAAAAAACUUCAUGCCCUAAAACUUUCUAGAAAUCGAUACUUCACUUUGACGUGAUACUGCAACACGAUUGGCCAAUCGAACAAUGCUUCUCCAUAUUAGGGUUCUCUUUGGCGGGAAAACGAAGAGUCCAUGUUGAUCUUUUCAUCCAUUGGCUGAUAAAACAAAUAACGAACACUUACCAAAACCACUUUUCAAGGUCAAACGAAAAUCGCUCUAAUUCAAAUACAAAACGCAAAGAAUCUUAACAAUUGGGUACAACAUUGAGUUAAGCCGAAUAUUUAUAGGUCUAUUCACCCUACACACCAGACCUACUGUUUCGCUGCAAAAUACAGCCAAACGAAGUGUUACUUAGUGAUGAAUAUGUUUACUAAGGAGAUGUGAUACUGUGAAGACCACGUUAACUGAAAGAAGGAAAAAUACAGUCGGACACCUAGAGCUAUUAGAAGGACUCUUCUGUAAAACGGGCACUUGGAGUUGGUCCCUGUCUUCCUUUACUCCCUUUAUUUGACUCUCUUUUAUAGAGGUGUCCGACUUUUAGCGGUGUCCUUUAUAACAGAGAGUCGACUGAAUUGAACCUUUAAUUAUUGUUCGCCAAAUCACCGGCAAGAACACAGUUCAAAUUAUAUAAAGAAGGACCACGACACAGACAUAUACAGUUAAAAAUACCCACAUUUUAUAUCAAAACAUCACACAAAGCCUAGAACGACUCCACUGAUUUGUGAUCUCGUAAAAUUGUUCAUAUUGAACCGAGAAAAGGGCAUAAUUCAGGUAUUUAAGCCCAGCAACGAAAAAUUGUUCAGCGUGCUAAAGGCGUUACUAGAUCAAACUUGAGUCUCGCCUUCUGGUUUUGUCUGUUUGCAUUUUCGGUGAGAAAAACCGGUGAUAAACUUUAAGAACGUGAUCACAGUGAUUAAAUUGAUCAGUAGCCGUUUCAUGAUAAUUGUGAACAAUGUCAUUCUUUAAUAAAUACUUCGGCGCGGUUAUUUGACUUAUACUGCGACUUAGGCAGUGAGUUAAUUAAGGCAGGCAGUUAGCUUCACCGCACCUUAAAAAACUCCUGUUUUUUGAAAAGAAAAGUAUGUCAAUUACUAUAAUUUAUCCUGACCUUAUUUUUUGCCGAAUGAUAACGUGAAGUUAUGAAGGUUAUGAGUUUUAUCUGCCACGUACACUAUGCAGAGAUUUCGCGCCGCCACUAAGGCUGUUUGUAAUCACACGAAAUUUGUCUUGCAGUUCUUGUUACAAUAAACCAUGAAACAGAUGUGGAAACAUGGUUAAGUUUUGAACGAAAAAAUGGGCAAAGUUCAAAAUUUAAAUCAAGCAGCAGUGAAUUUUUAACGGUUUAACGUUUGUUUUCUUGAAGGGGCCUUAGCUUUUAGUUCAAAACUAGAAUCACGCUUUCUGUUCGUGCGAAACAACUGAUGAACUUUUUUUAAUACGAACGUGAUUUGAUUUAAAUGAUCAGUGGCGGGUUUUCAUUAUAAUCAUAGAUCUUUUUUAAAUAGUGUUCCGGUGGCUUAAACCGAAAUUUCGCCGCCUGCUUAAACAACCUUCUGUUUUUUGAAAAGAAAAGGCUACUGACAGAACUUUAAUUUUUCUUGACCUUGAAAAUAUAUAACGUGAAAAUAUGUUAUAUAAAAAUAUAACGUGAGGUUAUGAAAGUUAUUUAUUUUUUGCCCCUAGAACCUGUUUCUGAACAAAACAGGCCCGAAAUUAAUGCGUAAGGAAAACUUUAGUGGUUUUACAUAUUUUUCUGUACCGACACUUUUUAAAAAUUUCUUUUCCCUUUAGUGCUUAGGAAUCUAGAAAUUUUUUUUCAUGAAUAUAAUUAAAUAGUUGAUAUAAUUAAUACACGUAUCUUUCAUUUCCCAAUAGAAAGCUGGAUUCCAUCACGUACAUCGCAUGAGUGGUGCCUUGAGCCCUCACUGUGUGUUUGAUAAAGUAAUACCUCAAGUAAACUCCUCUAACAAAGUACGAAUUCCUGGAGAGUAUUGCGCCCCUGAGCAUGCCACUGGCGGAGCAGCGGUCGGCGAUUAUGACGGGGAUGGAAUGGAAGAUAUUUACUUCACUGUGUUUCAUGACCGAAGUGUGUUGUAUAAGAACAAUGGUAAGUGAGCAAGUGAUAGGUCGCCCAAUGUAAAGGAAUCCAAAAGAGACCUGGAUUCUGGAUUCCACGCCGUAGAUUCCCGAUUCCAGCCACUGGAUUCCUGAAAGUUCUUUGUCAAUCUUGGAUUCCGGAUUCCAAUCGUUAGAGGGGUUUCGGCUUCCUUGAGCUGUAUUCCAGCUUUUUCGGACUCGGGAAUCCGGAUUCCCUUAAAUUAGGCCGAGAUAGGAGAAUUGGACUGAAUAUCGUUCUUCUGUUUCUUCUCACCAUCCCUUUGUACAAAUAUAGGCAAAGAUUUACUUGUCAACGUUAAGUGAAAACUAAAGAAGAGACCCAUAGUUUCUUUUAUAACUGAUGUAUUGAACAGAUGAGAGAUAAACUUAAAACUACUGAAGGGACAGCUUGCCAAAGUCGCUAAAUUCUACAGACGUUUGUGCGGUGAAGGCGAGUUUCCACCACCAUGCCGCAAACGGGUGUAAAGGUUCAUAAUUUGGCGGAGCUAUUAAUCUUCGCUCGCUAAACUUGGUAACUUUGCUAAUUUCGAUGCUUUCUUUCCAGCUUCUUUGUCAAUGGGUAUUCGCUUAUAAUCAGUGUUAUUUCUUACCAAAUGUUAUAAAAACGCUGAGAGGGUCUAAGUUAACGGUUGUUUAUCCCCUUCGCCAAAGCAAACGAGAAAGAAUAACUCCUGAAAAUAGUUGUGACAGUUGUGAAAAUGGAUUAUUUCAUUCGUUUAGCGACUAAAAAACUUCCGCUCCAAUAUGUAUAACUCAAUUUGCAAUGUUCUGAGGUGAACUUGAUGGACUUAAAAUUGAAGUGCAUGUGGAGUAAAUUAAAUUCACGAUUUCAUUUUAACAUUUUUAAAGUAAUAACUUUGCUAAUUUUCUUUACCUUUGAAGGCUUGCGGGGAUUAUUAAUAACUAAAUUAUUCUCCUUGCCUUGGUCAACCAGCUAGAAAAAGUUUUAUUAUUGUUUUCAGCAACGUCUACUUAUUUUACUCGCGACGGAGUGCUGCAGUUUUGAGAUAUUUGUACUUGUGCAUGGUAAUCUUCGGUUGCGUUAAGAGACCUCGCAAGACGCCUCUUUUUACGCUGUCUGGAUAAGGAAGACAAUAAUAGAUCAUAUGUAUGCGGCAACCGCAACAUUAUUCAUAGAAAGAGAUUAAAAGGAUUAUACGUGAUGGUAGGACAAGUGACCAAUAUAAGCGUACCCAUUAUUCUCUACAGUUUAAUUGAUUUGUUUUGAAGGUAGAGCUGAGGAAACAAACUGAGCUAUUUUAAGUUACCACAUUCCAUUGUACUAAUACCACUAGUACUGCUAUUUAAGAAAGAGUGCUAAAAAUUAAAAAUUUUCCCUUCUCUUUCGGAUAUCUCAACGGAAAUAGAAAUAGAGAUAAGGGACUGGACCCCCCUCCCUCCCCCUGCCAUUUACAAUCCCCUCUGUUAACCGAACCUCAUUUUACAUCGCUAAUGAAGAUCGAGCGAUUCGUGCAAAGUAGUCGGUUAGUUUGAGAUUGUUUUGCUGUGAGGUUUGUAAUUUUUUUUGGAAGAAAAUAGGAAAGAAAUGCUGAUUUGAGUUAUAUGUUCCAAAAAUACUCUAUUAGCCUGAUUAUGCUAAGUAGAAUUAGCAAGGCUGGCAUAAACGGAAAUGGCCCACUUAAAAGGUCUCUCAAUAAAUCACCGGCCUGCAGCUAAUUAUAUAAGGGUUAAAACUAGUCACGAUAAGAAUAGCAUGCAUGCGUAGCAGGAGUUCGAAACUAAGGAAAAAGCGUGAACUAAGGGCGCUCAAGAAUUCCCUUCCCCGAACGCCCACCACGCAGGCUACGAUCAGAAAUAGAAUUUUUCGUUGAAUGUUCCUGAAUUAGAAUUCCUGUUAAUCUAUAGGUUAAAAUCUACCCUUCUGCUGCUGAAUAGAACUUAGUAAUGAGUACAAUACACCUGUGUGGCACGCUUUCGAAAGAGAAGGGAAAGGAGCGAAGGGUGCACGAGAAGUCCCUUCCCCAACCGUGUGAUCAGAAUUACAGACCUUAAGAUACACCGUUUCCAUCGUUUCCGUGUGCUAGUACGCCGGGUAAAUUACCUGUACGCGUGGCCGUGAAUAUCGGUAGAUGGCCUUUUACCCCGGAGAAACGGGUAGGCUACCGGGUAGAACAGUGAUGAUAUUAUCAAAUCUGGAAAUCAUGGUCACCUUUUGUAUAACUGCGUGGCAAACAUGUUCGCCUACCCGUACCGUAGGUAGAGACGGUGUAUCAUAAGGGCCCUGUUGAAUAUGUUUCUUUUCUGAACUAGAAUUCCUGGCCUCUUCAUCCAUAGUUUAAAAUCUCCAGUUCUACUGCUGAAUAAAACAGAUGCCCCGAAAUCUGGAUUGUCCUUUUCACUUGAAAUAAAUGAUGAAAAGUAAUAUUAAAGUCAUACAAAACCUUAAGGUGUCUAUAUAGAAAGAAGAGAACUGAGCAGUGUACAUAUUUGGCCUUGGACUUCGAUGACUUGCUUUAUGAUCCUGAUACCAUCCACAUUCACUACAACAUAUUCAAUUGGUUCAACAUUUUCUCAAUUGUUUUUUAAGAGAAUUAUUGGAUUUGGUAAUUAUCAUAAGGUGUCCCACCUGAUUUUGGAGUAUCCAUUCUAGUUUCUCCCGUAAUUCUUUUCCUUGUGUUAUAGGGGACGGAACAUUCACUGACGUUACCAAAGACGUAAAUAUUGGACCCAGUUCCCUCGCCAAUGGUGCUGUCUGGGCUGACUUUGACCAAGAUGGAGAUCUGGAUCUUUAUGUGACUACGGUUGGUGAUACCAGGCAUUAUCUGUAUAUAAAUUACGGAGGACACUUCAGGGAAGAAGCUAUGCAGAGGAACUGUUCGAUGCAGACGAGUGACAAACGCUGUUCUUUGUCAAUCUUGGAUUCCGGAUUCCAAUCGUUAGAGGGGUUUCGGCUUCCUUGAGCUGUAUUCCAGCUUUUUCGGACUCGGGAAUCCGGAUUCCCUUACAUUAGGCCGAGAUAGGAGAAUUGGACUGAAUAUCGUUCUUCUGUUUCUUCUCACUAUCCCUUUGUACAAAUAUAGGCAAAGAUUUACUUGUCAACGUUAAGUGAAAACUAAAGAAGUGACCCAUAGUUUCGUUUAUAACUGAUGUAUUGAAUAGAUGAGAGAUAAACUUAAAACUAGUGAAGGAACAGCUCGCCAAAGUCGCUAAAUCCUACAGAAGUUUGUGCGGUGAAGGCGAGUUUUUACCACCGUGCCGCAAACGGGUGUAAAGGUUCAUAAUUUGGCGGAGCUAUUAAUCUUCGCUCGCUAAACUUGGUAACUUUGCUAAUUUCGAUGCUUUCUUUCCAGCUUCUUUGUCAAUGGAUAUUCGCUUAUAAUCAGUGUUAGUUCUCGCCAAAUGUUAUAAAAACGCUGAGAGGGUCUAAGUUAACGGUUGUUUAUCUCCUUCGCCAAAGCAAACGAGAAAGAAUAACUGCUGAAAAUAGUUGUGACAGUUUUGAAAAUGGAUUAUUUCAUUCGUUUAACAACUAAAAAACUCAGUUCCGCUCCAAUAUGUAUAACUCAAUUUGCAAUGCUCUGAGGUGAACUUGAUGGACUAAAAAUUAAAGUGGAAUAAAUUAAAUUCACGAUUUCAUUUUAACAUUUUUAAAGUAAUACCUUUGCUAAUUUUCUUUACCUUUGAAGCCUUGCGGGGAUUAUUAAUAGACAGCUAGAAAAAGUUUUAUUGUUGUUUUUAGCGAUAUCUACUUACGACGGGGUGCUGCAGUUUUGCGAUAUUUGUACUCGCGCAUUGUAUUGUAUUCUUCGGUUACGUUAAGAGACCUCGCAAGACGCCUCUUUUUACGCUGUCUGGAUAAGAAAGACAAUAAUAGAUCAUAUCUAUGCGACAACCGCAACAUUUUUCAUAGAAAGAGAGAUUAAAAGGAUUAUACGUGAUUGUAGGACAAGUGACCAAUAUAAGCGUACCCAUUAUUCUCUACAGUUUAAUUGAUUUGUUUUGAAGGUAGAGCUGAGGAAACAAACUGAGCUAUUUUACGUUACCACGUUCCAUUGUAGCACUAAAACCACUAGUACUGCUAUUUGAAGAAAAAGUGCUAAAAAUUGAAAAUUUUCCCUUCUCUUUCGGAUAUCUCAACGGAAAUAGAAAUAGAGAUAAGGGACUGUACCCCCCUCCCACCUCCUGCCAUUUACAAUCCCCUCUGUUAACCGAACCUCAUUUUACAUCCCCGCUGAUGAAGAUCGAGCGAUUCGUGCAAAGUAGUCGGUUAGUUUGAGAUUGUUUUGCUGUGAGGUUUGUAAUUUUUUUGGAAGAAAAUAGGAAAGAAAUGCUGAUUUGAGUAAUAUGUUCCAAAAAUACUCUAUUAGCCUGAUAAUGCUAAGUAGGAAUUACCAAGGCUAGCAUAAACGGAAAUGGCCCACUUAUGAUGUCUCUCCAUAAAUCACCGGCCAGCAGCUAAUUAUAUAAGGGUUAGAACUAGUCACGAUAAGAAUAGCAUGCAUGCGUAGCAAGCGUUCGAAACUAGGAAAGAAGUGUGAAGGGCGCGCAAGAAUUCCCUUCCCCGAACGCCUGCCACUCAGGCUACGAUCAGAAAUAGAAUGUUUCGAUCAGUGUUCCUGAACUAGAAGUCCUAGCCUCUUCAUCCAUAGUUUAAAAUCUCCAGUUCUACUGCUGAAUAGAACAGAUGCCCCGAAGUCUGGAUUGUCCUUUUCAAUUGAAAUAAUGAUGAAAAGUAAUAUUAAAGUCAUGCUUAUAAACUUUAAGGUGUCCAUAUAGAAAGAGGAGAACUGAGCAGUGUACAUAUUUGGCCUUGGACUUGCAUUACUUGCUUUAUGAUCCUGACACCAUCUACAUUCACUACAACAUAUUAAAUUGGUUCAACAUUUUCUCAAUUGUUUUUUUAAGAGAAUUAUUGGAUUUGGUAAUUAUCAUAAGGUGUCCAACCUGAUUUUGGAGUAUCCAUUCUAGUUUCUCCCGUAAUUCUUUUCCUUGUGUUAUAGGGGACGGAACAUUCAGUGACGUUACCAAAGCCGUAAAUAUUGGACCCAGUUCCCACGCCAAUGGUGCCGUCUGGGCUGACUUUGACGAAGAUGGAGAUCUGGAUCUUUAUGUGACUACGGUUGGUGAUACCAGGCAUUAUCUGUAUAUAAAUUACGGAGGACACUUCAGGGAAGAAGCUAUGCAGAGGAACUGUUCGAUGCAGACGAGUGACAAACGCAAACUUUCUGGGAUGACGCCAAAUGUUGGAGAUUUUGAUCUCGACGGUUUUGUUGACAUUUAUGUGACAGAAUGGAUUCCGCACUCUUUGGGAAAGGUAAUUAAAAGAAACUAAUCUCAUCUACUUACAUUUGCUUUGUCAGUUAUCCACAAAAAUGCAUAAAACAAAAAAUAGUUAUGUACCCCUGAAGAGGCCCCUUUGUGAGCGCGCAGGGGACGAUGUGAGGGAGAGAGAACCUUUUCCUAUCGUCCACCGAGCACUUACUAUUUCUGGAUUAUUAUAUUGCUAUUUUUAAUGGAUUACCCAGCGGGAGCCUCUGCCGAAGAGAGAGUGACCACUAAAAGAAUUUCAUUAUUGGGCGAAGGUGUACUUGCUUCAAAAAGAAACUUAUUUAAUUUGGCUGGUUUUGUUUUUGUCCCGUAGCCUCAUUAGAGAAGCGCCUGAGAUCAUGGUAGCAAAUGAUGUAGUGGCAGAUCCAGGGGAGGGGCCCACGGGGCCCCGGCUCCCCCUACUUUUUCGACCAAACUGAGGCCAGAAGGGCGUUUUAUUUGAGAUCGGGCUCCCUUUAUCUCAGGGUCUGCAUGACUGCUCCCUCACCCACUCCCCAACCUUAUCUGAAGGAUCUGAAGGUCUGGAUCCGCCACUGUGAUAGACCUGUAAAGUGGGUGUGGCUGACGCUUGCGUUUUAAGCUUUUAGCGCAAUAUCGACAUUAACACAAUCUUUUACUCUCUUUAUUCAGCCAUCUGUCUCCAAGCUCUUACGAAACAGAGGACACGACUCACCAGGGUAGGAUGUAAACUUAUGCUCAGCCGCGGAGGUCUGCUGAAUUAACGUGCUGUUUGAUAAUAAUAAGAAAGAUCGUAAAUCAGGGAACUUGAGCAAAAGCGUUUUUGAACGACGCGCUUCAACCCAAUUAUACGUCCUUAUUGGCUAAGACACUUGAGAAAUUAGCUGAGAGAGACAUAAUCACAGCUUCGCGUCAAGAAAAUGGUGCGAGGGAACUGAACAAAUUUCACUUUCGUCCACCAUAAACAAGCCUUUAAACCUUUUUAAACCAUUUUUCUUAACACAGCUCUUUAAAAGGCUAACUCUCGGAUAAGGUUAUGAGAUUCUAUGGCCAAUUACUUAGAUUUUUAGCAGUUUACUCCACAUAAAACCUAAAAGAUUCUUUGCUUAUAUGUACUUAGCCUGCCACACGUAACCCGAGUCUUCAAAACGAGGUUUUUAAAUCGAUUAUUUGUCUUAAAGGUACUUUGUAGAUGUUACAAUCAACGCUGGUGUAAAUCUGGAUGAUUCUUAUAACGGCUCCAUGCUUAAUCAAGGAACUUACACCUAUGCUUCUUCAUUCACAGUGAGUUUUCUUCUUUCUAGUAGUAAGCAUUGUAUUUACGCAUAAUAGCCUCCAGCCAAUAGUGUUUCACUUACUAUACGAAGAUAUAAAACGUCAGAUAUAACGGUUUAUCAUUCGAUGCAAAUUGUUCUUUCUUUUCAUUGGCCGAAAGCCCACCACGGGACCUGCAAAUAACUGCCUACAAAUAAUUGUCUGCUUAAGCGCAAUGUCGUCCAGUUUUGUUUGGCUGCAAAUAAGAUUCUGCUCAUGCGUAAACGAAACCACGCUUUUCUCCUUCUUUCGAUCGCUCUUGCGUGAAAAAUGUCAGAUAGCUUCGCUUCCCGAAGAUAUUAAUUAAAAAAACAAACUUGGUGAUCGAAUCAGGAUGAUAAAUUAAAAAGAUUACUGAACUCAGUUAUCGCAAAAUAUUAUACACUUAAUGUCAGAUCCCAAUGGAAACAGUUGGUUUUGUUUUCCCAAGAGUCCUGAUGUUUCCCGAGACGAAGUCGAGGGAAACAUCAGGACUCGAGGGAAAAUAAAACCAACUGUUUCCCGAGGAACCUGACAUUAAGUGUUUUGUUAUAUUUCUAGACUUUCACUCCAACGUACUUCAACAGCAACAAAAGAAUACGCUUAAGAGGAGCGAAUCAAAACAGUACGACUCGGUACUUAUAAGAACAUAAAUUUAAUUCUCAAAACCACUGAAUGAAUGAUUUAAAGAGUACUUUCCUUACAUUAUCUGCAUCUUUUUCCUCCACUAGCUGCUGUUUCUCUUCUGGGAUAACUUUGAAAAUCGUUGCCUUUUAGCUUGAGGCUUCAUGUUUGUGUUAUUGUGAAUGUUGUUGUGUUCAUUCACGAAAAAGAAAACUGGCAGUGUUUUUCCCGCUUUCUGUCACGCCACUUUCCACCAUGCUUUGAUAACGUGCUGUAAUGUAUCCCGAGCGGGGAACAUUGCUUGAUGUAUCACGAUCGGGAUACAUUUGAUUUUAGCCAAGGCCACGUGACCAAGAGUCAGCCAAUGGCUGUCCCUGUUCAGUUGAGUGAAAGUCUAGGAAUAUAACAACGUGAUUUGUCAGUGUAUUGCAUUGAUCUGCUCGCCCCUGACAAGUCACGAUAUUUUGCUCAACCUCGUCCCAUAAUUGUAAAUUAUUUAUCAAUAAAUAUAUUUUUAAUGAGUAGUUUGUUUCUCUUUUUUUUUUUCAUUCUUGGGUGGAAUGAAUCAGAUAGGUCAGCAAACACUUGAUUUUCCGUUCUUAAAAAAUAUUUGUAACAUCUUGUUCAAUAAGCCACUCGACAAAGAGAGUAAACCCCACUAUACGUGAGACAGCUACUAGGGGUUUUAUUACGCGCCUGGUAAACCAAGACAUCAGCUCAGUUCGGCCUUUGCUCAAGUAACCCAGAAGUACUGAGUCUUUUCGGAUCACUAAAACGAUCUUCCUGUCUCGGCCUCAUCGUCGUACACGCACAAAAAGGUCAAAAUUAAAAAGCUCAGUAGACAUUUUUAUUGUUUCAAAGGUGAAAGCCUAACAAACUGUUGUUAUUGUCAUUGCAGGAUUUUGACAACGACGGCUUUCCAGAGCUACUAGUUACUGCAGCUUUCGGUGGAAGUAAAAUGUUUUGGAACACACAAAAAAGUAACUUCACAGAAUGCACUAUAUCAUGCGGACUUAGCGGAAUGCGGGUAGGGCUGGCAUGAGAUUGAUACCUUAAGUUGUCUUUUUUAGUUAGUCUCCUUUAGCGGUCUAAAAAACCUGUGCUAUGCACAGAUUAGACUCCUUUACUGGCCAAUAAGUUUUCGACAACAGUGCUUGUCCAGUUCAUAUUCGAGACCCCCCUGGCAUUAGUUGUUUCACACUGUUAACUUGGCUGAGCAGUAGCAUGAACGAGUGUGAGAAGUAAGGGUAAUUCGAGGCUUGCCUUUAAUCAAACCUGCGUUUCAAAUACAUAAUUGACGAGUUUCAAAUGGAGUUUUCGUUUUUUUCCAUAGAACGCCAUCGGUCAUGCUAUAGGAGACUGGGAUAAUGAUGGUUACCUGGACUGGUUUUCUUCUGCCAUGUGGAAGAACCAAAGCGAAUGCACCAUGUCUGGCUGUACGUUCGUUACCAGUGGAAAUAAGAUGGAGAUCUGGAUCUUUAUGUGACUACGGUUGGUGAUACCAGGCAUUAUCUGUAUAUAAAUUACGGAGGACACUUCAGGGAAGAAGCUAUGCAGAGGAACUGUUCGAUGCAGACGAGUGACAAACGCAAACUUUCUGGGAUGACGCCAAAUGUUGGAGAUUUUGAUCUCGACGGUUUUGUUGACAUUUAUGUGACAGAAUGGAUUCCGCACUCUUUGGGAAAGGUAAUUAAAAGAAACUAAUCUCAUCUACUUACAUUUGCUUUGUCAGUUAUCCACAAAAAUGCAUAAAACAAAAAAUAGUUAUGUACCCCUGAAGAGGCCCCUUUGUGAGCGCGCAGGGGACGAUGUGAGGGAGAGAGAACCUUUUCCUAUCGUCCACCGAGCACUUACUAUUUCUGGAUUAUUAUAUUGCUAUUUUUAAUGGAUUACCCAGCGGGAGCCUCUGCCGAAGAGAGAGUGACCACUAAAAGAAUUUCAUUAUUGGGCGAAGGUGUACUUGCUUCAAAAAGAAACUUAUUUAAUUUGGCUGGUUUUGUUUUUGUCCCGUAGCCUCAUUAGAGAAGCGCCUGAGAUCAUGGUAGCAAAUGAUGUAGUGGCAGAUCCAGGGGAGGGGCCCACGGGGCCCCGGCUCCCCCUACUUUUUCGACCAAACUGAGGCCAGAAGGGCGUUUUAUUUGAGAUCGGGCUCCCUUUAUCUCAGGGUCUGCAUGACUGCUCCCUCACCCACUCCCCAACCUUAUCUGAAGGAUCUGAAGGUCUGGAUCCGCCACUGUGAUAGACCUGUAAAGUGGGUGUGGCUGACGCUUGCGUUUUAAGCUUUUAGCGCAAUAUCGACAUUAACACAAUCUUUUACUCUCUUUAUUCAGCCAUCUGUCUCCAAGCUCUUACGAAACAGAGGACACGACUCACCAGGGUAGGAUGUAAACUUAUGCUCAGCCGCGGAGGUCUGCUGAAUUAAUGUGCUGUUUGAUAAUAAUAAGAAAGAUCGUAAAUCAGGGAACUUGAGCAAAAGCGUUUUUGAACGACGCGCUUCAACCCAAUUAUACGUCCUUAUUGGCUAAGACACUUGAGAAAUUAGCUGAGAGAGACAUAAUCACAGCUUCGCGUCAAGAAAACGGUGCGAGGGAACUGAACAAAUUUCACUUUCGUCCACCAUAAACAAGCCUUUAAACCUUUUUAAACCAUUUUUCUUAACACAGCUCUUUAAACGGCUAACUCUCGGAUAAGGUUAUGAGAUUCUAUGGCCAAUUACUUAGAUUUUUAGCAGUUUACUCCACAUAAAACCUAAAAGAUUCUUUGCUUAUAUGUACUUAGCCUGCCACACGUAACCCGAGUCUUCAAAACGAGGUUUUUAAAUCGAUUAUUUGUCUUAAAGGUACUUUGUAGAUGUUACAAUCAACGCUGGUGUAAAUCUGGAUGAUUCUUAUAACGGCUCCAUGCUUAAUCAAGGAACUUACACCUAUGGUUCUUCAUUCACAGUGAGUUUUUCUUCUUUCUAGUAGUAAGCAUUGUAUUUACGCAUAAUAGCCUCCAACCAAUAGUGUUUCACUUACUAUACGAAGAUAUAAAAAGUCAGAUAUAACGGUUUAUCAUUCGAUGCAAAUUGUUCUUUCUUUUCAUUGGCCGAAAGCCCACCACGGGACCUGCAAAUAACUGCCUACAAAUAAUUGUCUGCUUAAGCGCAAUGUCGUCCAGUUUUGUUUGGCUGCAAAUAAGAUUCUGCUCAUGCGUAAACGAAACCACGCUUUUCUCCUUCUUUCGAUCGCUCUUGCGUGAAAAAUGUCAGAUAGCUUCGCUUCCCGAAGAUAUUAAUUAAAAAAACAAACUUGGUGAUCGAAUCAGGAUGAUAAAUUAAAAAGAUUACUGAACUCAGUUAUCGCAAAAUAUUAUACACUUAAUGUCAGAUCCCAAGGGAAACAGUUGGUUUUGUUUUCCCAAGAGUCCUGAUGUUUCCCGAGACGAAGUCGAGGGAAACAUCAGGACUCGAGGGAAAACAAAACUAACUGGUUUCCCGAGGAACCUGACAUUAAGUGUUUUGUUAUAUUUCUAGACUUUCACUCCAACGUACUUCAACAGCAACAAAAGAAUACGCUUAAGAGGAGCGAAUCAAAACAGUACGACUCGGUACUUAUAAGAACACAAAUUUAAUUCUCAAAACCACUGAACCACUGAAUGAUUUAAAGAGUACUUUCCUUAUAUUAUCUGCAUCUUUUUCCUCCACUAGCUGCUGUUUCUCUUCUGGGAUAACUUUGAAAAUCGUUGCCUUUUAGCUUGAGGCUUCAUGUUUGUGUUAUUGUGAAUGUUGUUGUGUUCAUUCACGAAAAAGAAAACUGGCAGUGUUUUUCCCGCUUUCUGUCACGCCACUUUCCACCAUGCUUUGAUAACGUGCUGUAAUGUAUCCCGAGCGGGGAACAUUGCUUGAUGUAUCACGAUCGGGAUACAUUUGAUUUUAGCCAAGGCCACGUGACCAAGAGUCAGCCAAUGGCUGUCCCUGUUCAGUUGAGUGAAAGUCUAGGAAUAUAACAACGUGAUUUGUCAGUGUAUUGCAUUGAUCUGCUCGCCCCUGACAAGUCACGAUAUUUUGCUCAACCUCGUCCCAUAAUUGUAAAUUAUUUAUCAAUAAAUAUAUUUUUAAUGAGUAGUUUGUUUCUCUUUUUUUUUUUCAUUCUUGGGUGGAAUGAAUCAGAUAGGUCAGCGAACACUUGAUUUUCCAAGUUUUUAAAAAAUAUUUGGAACACCUUGUUCAAUCAGCCGCUCGACAAAGAGAGUAAACCCCACUAUAGGUGAGACAGCUACCAGGGGUUUUAUUACGCGCCUGGUAAACCAAGACAUCAGCUCAGUUCGGCCUUUGCUCAAGUAACCCAGAACUACUAAGUCUUUUCGGAUCACUAAAACGAUCUUCCUGUCUUGGCCUUAUCGUCGCACACGUACAAAAAGGUCCAAAUUGAAAAGCUCAGUAGACAUUUUUAUAGUUUCAAAGGUGAAAGCCUAACAAACUGUUGUUAUUGUCAUUGCAGGAUUUUGACAACGACGGCUUUCCAGAACUACUAGUUACUGCAGCUUUCGGUGGAAGUAAAAUGUUUUGGAACACACAAAAAAGUAACUUUACAGAAUGCACUAAAUCAUGCGGACUUAGCGGAAUGCAGGUAGCUAGGGCUGGCAUAAGAUUAAUACUUUAAGUUGUCUUUUUUAGUUAGUCUCCUUUAGCGGUCUAAAAAACCUGUGCAAUACACAGAUUAGUCUCCUUUACUGGCCAAUCAGUUUUCGACAGCCAUAUUUGUCCAACCUAUAUUCGAGACCCCCUGCUGGCAUAAGUUGUUUCACACUGUUAACUUGGCUGUGCAGUAGCAUGAACGCGUGUGAUAAGUAAGGGUAACUCGAGGUUUGCCUCUAAGUAAAUCUGCGUUUCAAAUCCAUAAUGGACGAGUUUCAAAUGUAGUUUUCGUUUUUUUCCCAUAGAACGCCAUCGGUCAUGCUAUAGGAGACUGGGAUAAUGAUGGUUACCUGGACUGGUUUUCUUCUGCCAUGUGGAAGAACCAAAGCGAAUGCACCAUGUCUGGCUGUACGUUCGUUACCAGUGGAAAUUCGUUAUAUCGUAACCUUGGAGGAAGGCAGUUUGAAGACGCUACAAAUCAGGCAAGUUAAGGUGGUCACUUAGGUGAAACCAUGCUUACAGUUGGUGGCCAGCACGGUACCCAAGUACGGUGAUCACUGGGCACUAAUGUGGCCAAACCCUUUUUUCAAGUACCCACACCAGAAUUCGGGCUUGGUGCUUGUACCCGAGUGCAAGGUUGAGACACGGGCAAUAAAUUGGGCACACAAGCUAGCUAUUUCUUGCGUGCACACGGAUUCUGUUAGUACCAAGGCAAUUCACUGCUUUGCAUACCCAUAACUACCUACUACGCUCGCAUUUCAAACUGACGGUUGAAUUUUUAGGCACAAAUAGAGCAAAAUAUGGUGCAUAGUUACACGGGUACUCAUGCUGUAAAAAAAACAUUUUUCGUCAGUACCCAGAAAGCGCUAAUGCUCGGGCACUAAUAGUGGGUGCCUCUUAGGUCUGGCCUGGGUCUGGCUUCAGUGUUACGCUCUCUUUCUUUUGUAGAUGAGGCGCGCGAGUUUCUGCCCAGCUUUUCUCCUUCCUAUCAGCCAUUUAUCUUUUCGUCCUCGACCCUUGAACGCUUACCUUUGUAAAAAAUCAAAUAGAGAUAUUCUCCAAAGUACCGACAAACUGAGAAGUUCUCGCCUUUUUUUUCAAGGAACUAAGAUUCACCUGACAACGAGGUCAUCAACUCUCAAUUCCUUUCCUCCUUUAAGAAAAUACUGAAGAUUAAAUUUUCAACUAAAUAUGAAAACCGAUCCUAAAUUUCUCCAUCUUCUACUUUUCGCCAUCUUUUCUUCAAUUGAUGUAAACAGCUCUAGCCCGUAGUUCGAGAAGGCGUAACCUCUCAUGAGCUCCUAUAGUUUCUGUUCGGUCUCCUCGCCAGUUCUGUUUUUCACUUAUCCUAUAUUAUUUGUAAUUCUUCUUCUAUUAUUGUGCAGCAAAAAAAAUACACUUUAUAGUUUCUCAAACUAGCCACAACAAGUUUGUCAGGCGGCAAAUUUCUCGGAAAUUAAAUACUUUUCCAAACCAACCGAGCAACUAGAGUAACUAAACAAUAAAGCGAUUUCCGUUUUUCUCAUGUAUGUUUCAUUCCAUCAGGCGGGUGUAGAAAAUGGUGGUAUUGCAUGGGGCGCGGCAUUCGUGGACUUUAAUAACGAUGGCUUUCUAGAUUUCAUUUCAACCGGUGGUAAGUACAUAGCUCAUAACAGACCGAAACCUCAGUAGGUGGAUUAUCGAAUAAUUCUAUGUACCUUUCCCCGGAUAAUCAGAUAUAGGACUAACACUCUAUUGGCAGCAAUGGCUUCUUUUCCUCGUUUUUGUUUCUUUUUUUUUUCUUUUCUAGCCUCGCUCUUUUCUGCACUGCAAGACGCCCUCACUGACUAUAACUGGUAGAUUAUGUAGUGGUAAGGUGAAAAUGCCUGGGAAAAAAGGCUCACUUUUCCUUGGUAACUCAUCUUUAUCGAUUAAUCAGCAAUUUAUCUUUCAUCCUUGCCCCCCUCGACCGGGAGCAAGGAUGGCGCAGUGGUGAGAGGACUUGUCUCCCACAAUUUGUCCCGGGUUGAAAUCCCGGCGUCGACGCCAUGUAUGGGUGUUGAGUUUGCUGUUGGUUCUCUCCCUUGCUCCGAGAGGGUUUCUACGGGUACUACUGUUUUCCCCUCUCCCCAAAAAUCAACAUUUCCAAAUUCCAGUUCGACUAGGAAUCAUGUAUACGAAGAACCACUAUAGUGGAUGUGUAACCUCUAAAUCGUUAUUUAUUUAUUUAUUUAUUUAUUUAUUUAUUUAUUUACUGUAAUCUAUCUUAAUUCAGGCUGCCGGCUAUAAUAAGGAGAACACUAUAUCUAAUCACAACAGGGACAAGUUCCUUCCUAAAGAAACGAAAUGGACUAUUUGAAAAUGGCUGGUUUCGGUCGAUGUCCAUAUUAUUUAGUCAGUAUAUAUCCAUAUUUAUUAAAUCUGCUUUUUACUAUUCCUGCUUACUUUUCAGGAAAUGAAUUCAACAAGAUUCAUUUAUGGCAAAACCUUGGAACUGGUCAGAAUGGAAAAACUCAAGAAGUAAAUAGCAACUUUUUACCAUUACUUUAUACAACUACUUCCCAUCUCUCUCUUCCUCCAAAAUGACGUUGCAUGGUAAACGUAGAAUUUGGCGUUAAUCUGAGAGGUUGUUUAGUAGAUUUCUUAAUUCUAUCGUCCUUUCUUCAUAGUUCCUUUACUGUAAGGCAGUUCUUCCUUAUUUCACAGGUUGGGAGAGAGUUGGAAUAAUCUCAAUGAAGUUUAAAAGAACACUCGAGUUCUCUUUUUCAGUUUUAAUUUUCUGACUUUUGUUAUCGCGGUUGCUUUAACUGAUGAUUAAAUUUAUUUUAAAAAGCGUUUAACUAAAGUUUGAAUAUAAAGCUGAUUUAGUAGAGUAGAUUUUGAUUAGAAGACAGAGGCUUUCAAGAAUCUAUUACAAUGAGGCUGCACGAGAAUUAUACAAAUCCGGAAAAUUAACUGAAUUAUCUUAUGGUGCAUUAGUAACUAGGACGCUUGGCAGGAAAAUGCGACGUAAGACGCAUGUUAUGCCAAUAUCGUUCUAAUGUAAUGAAAAAGUACUUACAGUGCAGCUCCUGUAAGGUCUGAGGCUUCAGAUCAUUGGUAUUGGCGUUUUUUUCCUUUUUAGGUAUCUGCCUUCUAUGGACUGAAUGGCACAGGAAAAGGAAGAGGCCUCGUCAAAUGGGACUAUGAUGGUAAUACUUUAAUGACAACAUCGACUUCUCCGGUGUUUUCUCUGUAGUUCUUAAUUCAGUCACGUUAUAUAAAAAUAAAACUGAGAUGGUAUUUAUAAGUGUAACUGGCACCCGCAAGAAACGCCUAGGAACACGUUCGAGACGGCUUUUAUUUAUUUUUUUAUUUAGGAGGCGUCUUAUGUAAGACGCUUGUCUUAUUUUUCCUCGCAUUUAAGUGACUCUAUUGUGUAUCUAGGAUAAGUUAAAGGUUUGCUGAAAUCUGGUUCGUUUUCAGAACUACUACGAGGUGUUUUGCGCGAGGUUUCAUCAGAGAAAAUUAAGCUAUUAUUAAAAACACUGCACGUCCCUAACCCUCGCUGAUGCCUUCUAAUUCCAUCAGUUCUUAAACAGUCGUGAACACUUCUUUCUUAGAUGAUGGUGAUGAAGACAUCAUUGUGUGUAAUAACGUUGGAGCACCGUUUUUCUAUCAAUAUCAGCGGAAGGAGCCGAACAAUUGGAUAAGGAUACGUGUAGUACAUAGGUACGGCGAUUAAUCCAUUUGCUGUGAGUUAAAAUGCAUUUAAAUUAAAAAAUGGCGAACACUUAAGCAACGAUGGCCAAAACGACAAUGAAAACCUCCCUAAAAAAAUGAAUAUGCGUCCUUUCAAACUAUUAUCCAUCUAUCUGGGCCCCCUCUAUUUUUCAAAUAAACGCAGGGGCGGAUCUAGGGGGGGGGGGCAGGGGGUGCGCACCCCCCCCCCCUCCCUGAGAUGACCUGCGGUUUUCUAAUACAACUAGUAUUCUGCAAAAAAAAAAAACUAUGUGGUUUAUUGGUGUUGCAGUAGAGCAUGAGACGAGUGCACCCCCUCCUAAAGAAAAUCCUGGAUCCGCCCCUGAAACGUCACUUUUCCUGGAGUUGAAUUCUUAAGGACUUUAUCCAGGUUCAUAAAAAGAAACAAAUAUUCAUAAACUCGCAGGCCCACGUCCUCUAUAAAACGUUGCCUUAGAAGGUUUAAGAUCGUAGUAAUACAGCGGACGUCAUGAAAAACCUAGUAAAAUGCGUGAUGCACGUGUAGAGUUGUUGUUUUGUUCAUAAAACCGGUUGUUUUUGGACGUUGUCGAGGUUGCUUAAGCUCACUGUAAAACCAAGAAAGAAAAUUGUCGUAUUGUUACCUCUGCAAAGGUAUGUGAAACUAUCCUGGAAGCGCGGCAAACUUUCCAAGCUAUUCUAAUUUGACAAUGGCAAGUAAUGGCAUGUAGCGUCACUUAAGUUUGGCCUAGAAAUGAGUGUUGUUUAUUUCCGGCUCCUGAUUUGACAAUUUUCCUCUGGUACCGCGAGGUUUUUAAAUUAACUGAGUAAGAUAGGCGAGAGUCCGCUCAGUGAAUCGCACAAUCUAACCUCACCAAAUAUUUCGAGAAGAAACUCUCAGAAUUCAAAGUGCCUGUCCUGGAGGGUGCAGGUUGAUCGGUAGGGAAUUAUAUUACGCAACACAAGAUGAGGGGAGACUGACGACCGGUGAUUUUAAGGGACGGGGAUGAACCUGUCGAGAAUCCCCCUACCCCCAUUGGAGUAUCAUGGUGGGUGAGGCAAUAUUUUUGUUAAGAAAUCCAGAUAUGACUGCUGCUGUGCAAUUUUUGUUCUAGGUGUUUAAAGAACCCAAAUAAGUUAUGUGACAGCCUGGGAGCCCGAGUGCAAGUGAUCAUGGGAAACAACCAUACACAGGUAUAGGAAACUAGAAUAUUGCAAGGCUCUCACGUUAAAAUGAAGAAUUAUGGCACUGUUAUAGCCGUUUUGGCCAUUAUUGGCGAAAGGAAAAUCGUAUACUUGAGCGCUGUUGCUAGUUUUAUGAGGUUUGUUAUCUUAUAAACUUAGAAAAAGAUUAGAUUUCGUUCCAUCCUGGAAAAGAGUGUUGAAGUAAGCCGGACCUUCAGUUUCACUUUCCUCAGGCCAUAUUUUCUGAAACAAGGCAUUACCUUCUAGUACUAGUUUGCACUUUCCUUUCUUUCAGACAAAGCAAAUUGGUUCCAGUACACAUUUCUUAGGUCAGAGUUCGGUUGUUGCGCAUUUUGGACUGGGAUCAAAUAGUGGUAAUGUCACAGUCAAAGUAACGUGGCCGUCUAAUCUCAUGGUGACGUACGUUAACGUAACUCCUAAUACGAGGCUACGAGUUGUACAACCUAACAGGUCAGUAAGCAACGAUUACGAUGAUAAUGGAGUAACGGCAUAUUAUAAAAGGAGAUACAUUUUCAUUUGCUCCUUGAAUGAUAUGUGUUUUAUUAUACUUUUUUUACAAGAAAAUUAACUGCAGCGAGGUAAACUCGGUAGCCGGUAAAUUGGUAAUGCCGGACUGCUAAGCGAGAGGUUACCAGUUCCAAACCCGCGAGAACGGACCAAUACCUAAGGGCCUUAAGAUAACUGAAGAAAAUUUCCUUAAGAUUUUCUCUUUUUAUGUUUUUUUUUUUUUUCAUAAAAAAGAGUGUCUUGCAAAAAAUAUAACUGCUCGGAAAUAGGCGAUAUUUGAGUUCUUUAAAAGAAAAUCUUAGAUGACAACUGGGGAAGACGAAAUAUCAUAAUGUGUGAACUUCCUCACGGCUGGGCUAGUCAAAGUUUUUUUUUUUUCGAUUUCUUCAUACAUUCCUUUUUAUAAUUAUGCCGCAUGAUUUUAACUACUUUUUAGCUGGCUAGUCUGUGGGGCCUCAAUAGUCAUUAAUUAUGUCAGUAUAAAUGGGACUGAUUGAAAAAAUAAGAAUUAGUGAAAGCAUCGGUAAAUGACUUCAUAACUGUUUCUUUUAGUUCUGAUUCUGGACAAACGUUUCAAUAUUCUGCUCUCGACAAGUGUUUUUCCUUACAAGUGACAUCGAUUGUUAAACAGGUAAGCUAAAUAUAGUAGAACUCUUUAGUUUGUAUGCUUUGUUUUUCCUAUGGAGGUCAUUUGAUACUACUCUAGAGAACUGCUUCUUUCAAACUUUCGGUGCAUAUCUAUGCAUAACUUAUAAUAACGCAAAAGGUCAAAUUCAGGCCUGGUAUUUUCAUUCAGAAAACAAAACAUACAAGCUUAAGGGGCCUAUUCUAGACAUAUGGUAUAGAAAUUCCAAAGGAUUUUUUGUGCGGCGAGGGAAUGUUUCUUACGUCUUGGUUUUCCCCUUUGGAUAGAAUCCAGUGCAGGAUAACUCUAAAAAUUAUGCCACCAUCACUAUAAACCUGGAAGGAGUGAUUUAAUGCUAGGCAACGUUUCGUGUCUUAGUAAACCUUUAAGCGACUACAAAUCCGAUUGGCUAAAAUAUCUCAUUCCUCUUUCACAACAAAUUACUGAGUAAGCCUGAAUCUAUUAUUCUUUUCUCUAAGGAUACCAAAGGUAAUGGUUGUAAGAACACCAUGUGCACUUAUUUAUUAUAACGCGACAACUACAAUCCCGGUCAUAAGUUGUUGAAACACUUCCGGAAAACACAACAUAAACUUUUCGUUUCAUUCUCUAUUUUCCAAUUCCCCAUAAUACACUCUGUUUGCCCCCCAAAUUUUGCAUAAACCAUUGUUUUUAAAUGCUCCUGGGAGUAUUGCAUUUUCCCAAGAGCAUUUUAAGACAAUAAGUUAUGCAAAAUUUCGGGGGCAGACAGAGUGUAUUAUGGGGNUUUUUUUGUGCGGCGAGGGAAUGUUUCUUACGUCUUGGUUUUCCCCUUUGGAUAGAAUCCAGUGCAGGAUAACUCUAAAAAUUAUGCCACCAUCACUAUAAACCUGGAAGGAGUGAUUUAAUGCUAGGCAACGUUUCGUGUCUUAGUAAACCUUUAAGCGACUACAAAUCCGAUUGGCUAAAAUAUCUCAUUCCUCUUUCACAACAAAUUACUGAGUAAGCCUGAAUCUAUUAUUCUUUUCUCUAAGGAUACCAAAGGUAAUGGUUGUAAGAACACCAUGUGCACUUAUUUAUUAUAACGCGACAACUACAAUCCCGGUCAUAAGUUGUUGAAACACUUCCGGAAAACACAACAUAAACUUUUCGUUUCAUUCUCUAUUUUCCAAUUCCCCAUAAUACACUCUGUUUGCCCCCCAAAUUUUGCAUAAACCAUUGUUUUUAAAUGCUCCUGGGAGUAUUGCAUUUUCCCAAGAGCAUUUUAAGACAAUAAGUUACGCAAAAUUUCGGGGGCAGACAGAGUGUAUUAUGGGGAAUUGGAAAACAGUCAAUGAAUACAAGUAUUGAUUCCCUCUUCUUCCCUCAAUGUUGGUUUCACGCGUUUGCUUGGGCAUAAACGUCUUCCAAGUCAAAAUUGAAAGAAAGGGAAAGAAAAGCUCGCAAGCGUUUCAGCAAUUAUGAAUUAUGACCGGGAUUGUAGCUACUAAAGGCUGGAGUGGAUUUUCAACUUUUUACAUUGUAUCUUGUGACGUUUGAAAGGGUCUUUCGUGCUAGAUUGAUAAAGUUAUUGAAUACUGGGAUAAAGAAUUAUUUGUUUGUGAAGCGAAACUUUAGCAGCCUUAACCCGUUCGCUUCUGGGAAUUUUGCUUCACUUUUUUCUUUUGCUUGGCAUCUAGUAGGCUUCAUGUCUGUGGGGAAAGUUUUAAGAAAGCUUUUAGGAUCUCAUAAGAUUAGAUGAAAUGAAAGGUAACUGGUUAGUACAACAAGAUUUUCAUGGGAAUUUUUGAGUCAACAUUACAUGGUUUCUCCGACCUCCUUGGCUGACGCGUGCUCUCUCUUUAAUGGUUUGAAAGAUCCCUUCCCCCUGCACAUUCAAUGCAAGUUAAAUGACAAAGUUAAAAAUGAUGAUGUUACACUGAGCGGUAGAAGGGACUUGAAACUGCACAAGCGGUUACGGGCGGUUCUGGGGCGAAUGCGUUCAAUACGUUUUUGGUAUGUCGAUCUUAAGCGUGGUUUCUUAACCCUUUUGUUUUGCUGUAGCCUUCAAAAUCAACAGUAACAGUUAACCCAGACGGGAAAACAGUAAAGUUUCAAGUAAAUCCUGGAGAAAGCUACGCGGAGCUUGGUAACCAGACCUUCACAUACACAGUGGGCCUGAUGCCUUGCCCAGGAGGACAACCGCUGACUGCCAACUCCACGGCAAACGUGGAGUUCACAAGCAGCACUCUGAGCGGAUGUCAGGACGGAAGAAUGAUCGGAUCGGUACCAACUGUAACAGAUGACAGGUAAGCUUCCGAGUACCAUCCAAGCCAUAAACUAGUAAAUACACUCCCGUUACCUCCUGCCAUAACCCACCCCUUAACUGCCAAAGAAAGGAAUAGCACUAAUGCCUUCAAAAUUUGCCCAUCGUUCAAAGAUAUUCCCAGCCCUUUACCAAAAUGGUUGCUUGGCAAAAUCUGUAAAUGCGGAGUUUCUGUGAUGGCACAACUCCUUUCAAGUAGAUUUUCACUUGAACACCUGUAUUCCACUUUCAGGAUAAAAGUGAAUGCGCGUAGAAACCUGUUCAUGCAAUUUUGAGUUGUCAAUUAAAACUAGGGGCGUCCAUUUUUUUUCUUUUGGGCCUUUCCCUAGUCUUGUUUGCUCUUUAUGGCUGUGCCUUUUUUAUCGUAACGAUCACUUUCAAUUGUUGGUUUGUUUCAGCACGCAAAAAAGGUAGGUAAAACAAUUGUCCGUAAUUUAUAUUUCCUGCUUUAUAGGCGUUUAGAGGGUACUUCGAAUAAUAAAGUUCAAGUGAGAUGGGGUGCUGCGCAAGAGGAUUUGAUUCGUGAUGCUCCUCCAAUGUACGCUGACGGUAUAGUUAUUGCAGCAGGCGCUAACAGGCCAUCACCAAGAAAAAUCAGCAAUGAACUAUUUCAGCAGGUACGCCUCAAGUUACCGAUCUGGACUACCAGCAUCAGCGUUUUGUUUUAUUAAGCGUUUUCAGGCUGUUUAUUCCAAACAGAUAAGUAAGGUUUGCUAAUAAAUUCUCUCCUGCAUUAACUGCAUUAAACGCCGCCCUUGAUUAAACGCUGCAGAUAGAAUCAAUAUUACCAAUAAACGCUGCCCUUGUCUUGUAAACAUCGCAUCUAAUCAGAGGAAUACGGGACUUUUUUCAAGGAAUAUGAGAAAAAAAUUGAUACAACUUGGUGAUUUACACUUUCCAGACAAUGACGAGUCCAUUUCAGGAAAAAAAAAAAACAAGCAAGAAACUGGAAAUCUUUCUGUUUUACAAAGUAUUUGCAAAUCAGGUUUAUCGUAAUUAUUUUUGCCAAAUGUGAUUUUGAAAUAAACGCCACAUCGGAAGCGCUAAAAAGGUAGUAAAUACCACGGCGUUUUUUCGAAUGAAUACUGUACAGAAAAUUGUGACGCUGCUUCUUUUAGGAGGUUAAGGACAAAAGUUGCGUUUUAUCUUAUUGAGCUGACAAAGAAAUAACUGGCCAACGUUCGGGGACUACAGUUUCUAUCCUUUUCUUAUCCUUUUCUCAUUACCUUAGAUUGAAGGUUAAAUUGUCGUUAAAAUGCAUUUGCGGCUUGUCAUUGCGAUUCGGCUAACUAACUUCCUAUUUUGCAGGUUGAAUCAAAGAUUAGUGCGCGCAGACUCAGUGACUUCAGUCCAAAUUUUGGGCAGGUAUAAAUUGAGGCGUAAUUAAUCGUUUGUGACUAAGUAAGUCAAUGAAACAGACCAUCAUUCAGGAUCAGUCAGGCAGGAAGGAUGCGGCAAUCCGGCCAUCAAUAGGUUCAUUUUGACAAUGGAAAGAAUAUUGGCACAGUUAGUUAGUCAUUGCCCGGCCUUCUGUACAAGAGGUCCUGAGUUGGUUUUUCAGGCUUUACCUCAAAUCCUUGUCAUUUGACUCAGUUUUUCUAUCCAUAUGGCAUCAAGUAGCUUUUAAUACCAGUAAAAUGGAUCAGUUAUGAAAGAGGGGGUAAAAAAGCGGAGCUACCGAUGUAACCUCUCCUAGAUAUAGGGUUCCAGUGUCGAGAAUUGAUGUUACGCUAUUAGGGUGUGACGUGGAGGAUGGUUUGACAGAAGAGAGAACUGAGAACUCUGCUGAUGGUAGUGAGAGGUGUUGAGAAAUUCACGACACCAGUCUUUACAUAUUACACAGCACAGGGUGUUUUUAAAUAGAAUACCUGAUGUGUUGUUCACAAAUAGAGGCCACUGUUUUGCUUAAUUUUUCUUUCAGUUUCUUGCACAUGAUACCGAUUCAUCAGGAACGCUUACAAGUCGGGAUUUUGAAGUUGAAAGUGACGUGCUAUUACCUAUUGAGGUACCACAGGUCAGUAUAUGAAGAGCAUUUGGUGUCGUCCCUUAGUUGUUGUUGAGCCAUAAUUAUCAGGAUUCACGAUACUCGCACUCCCUUCCUGGUUAUUUAUGAAAAUUACACGACACGUCAGCAGUCUAUGAGUUCAGAUCUUGUGCGUUGAUUCUAUUAUCUGCUAUCUGCAGUUCUGACAACCCCAAUUUUUGUAAGACCCUCUAAGGACUACUAUGUAUGACGUGCGUGGUGUCUGGGUGGGUUUGAGUAAGCUGAAUAUGUUGUUAGGAUAUUCCUCAAAUGAUGGGAUUUCCCUAGCGAUUUGUUAUCUGCCUCGCUUAUCGUGUGAUGCUUGGGGUAUGUGGAUGGGCCCUUGUCCUCUUUUUAACCAAGUGCGGGUGAUUUGUUACUUAACAAUUAUUUGCGUAAUUCUUUUGCCUGAGGAGGAAAUGUAGCUAUGCAUUAUGAUAAUAUAUAUUUGCUUUCUCCUCUGCUUCCAGGGAGAUAUUCAUUUUGACCGACAGAACAAAGGAAAUGUUUACCUCCCUUUCGUACGCACCACGUUUAACAGGUUUGGAAGGACAUGAUCGAAUUAACAUAUAUACAUCAAUUACCGGCCCUAUGGUUAAAGCUAAAUUUCCUUUAUCUAUAGAAAACAAACUGGUUUGUUGUUUUUUUUGCUUAGAGUCUAUAAUUUAGGAAUUUCUCAUACCUGGAAGUCUUAUGAAUAUCGUGGCUUUUCAAAACGAAUCUCUGAUCUCUCUUCUCAUCGAUAAAUCCUUCUGAGACGAUCUAAGACUAACAGUUCCCGUUGUACGAGAAAGCAAAAUUAAAGUAUGAUCACUCCCGAAACGAGCAACAUUGACUUCCCACAAUGAAACGGGCGAAACGUUUUUUUUUUUUUGCCAUAACCUGGUGCAGAGUAAGAAGAAGUUCUAAAAAUUAAAGUUUUACCGUACCUUUUAGUGCAGCGAACCUUUUUUUCUCUCUUCAUUAGAUGUACUGGUCGAGGCACUAGCAUUCCAAGGCAACAAGUGAACAAACUAACUUCCUACAUCGAUGGUUCCGUCGUGUAUGGCGAAACAGAAGAACGAAGCAGGGCUCUACGAUCAUUUAUAGAUGGAAGACUUAAAGUCAUACCCAAUGAUUUGUUGCCUGUAAGUUACAACUUUGAAAAAAAAAAGGACUUUUUAUUUUGCUUUCCUGCACAAAACAGUCAGGGUCCGUGUACUUGUCUGAACUCAUUCGUCGUUUGCUGUGGCAUAGAAAUAAAUUUUGUCAUCUUUCUUGUAGUUUAUCCUUUCCAGCUCCCUCCCUUUUCAGCUGCCCAAAUUGAUAAAGCCUCACCUUCUAAUUAAACCCCCUCCAAAUGAAGUGCAACGGUUUGAAUUUUUUCAUUACACAUUCACUGCUUACGCUUAGGUUCCAGUUUUCAAAAAGGCCUUGGCUGUCCUCUUCCGUAAGCCAUUCCCUUCCCCUAAAAAAUGUUUACAAAAAUUAUAUCUGGGGAGGGGUCGAAGAUACACUUUUACGUCACUUGCAAGAUUUUUCAAACGAGAGACAAUUUAUCAAUGCUUCUGGAAAGUCUUUAAUAUUUCACUCAUACUUUCACAAACUAGAAACUAGAAAUGCUAAUGAUUUUUCAGCUUAAGAAAUUAGCACCUGUUUAAACGUGUUUUGUAAACAGGAAAAUAAUGAGGCGCUACCGAAUGACAAUCCAGUUGGGCGAGUAGCAAGUCUGCUGUUUGUUGCCGGGGACUCACGAGCCAAUGAACAGCCGGGUUUGAUAGCAUUUCAUACUCUCUUUGUACGUGAACACAACCGACUAUGUGAUGAAUACAAAAGCACAAAUCCUCAGGUAAAGCAACAACACUUGGUUUUAACUUAUAAAAUUUGAAAUAAGGGUAUUAUUAGUCCAAGCGCCCGAGACAAGGGAACUUGGUUGAGACUGCAGUCAGGUGGGAAGGGCAGGUUUGCUUUUUCGCUGUUGAAGUAGAUAGAGUCGGGAGUCGGCAAAACCUCGAGAAUCUAGUGCUUCUUGUUAAGAAUAAAGUGCCUCAACUACGUCUGAGGUUGUGGGGGAUAACCCCUGUUUGAAAAUCACUGGAAUUCUUUAUUCAUACUCAUUACACUAGUAAGAGUGAGACUUUAGUCUUUGUGACGUUUACUCCAAAAGCUUGACCAUUUAUGAGCAAUGCUUUCUAGAGAUGUUGCUAAUAAUUCUGCACAUUUUGGUUUUAACCCCUUUGAGGCUGCAGAUUGUAUCUAAAGUAAAACGUUUAAUUUAGUCCUUACACUGUGGCUCUGACUUUUGCGUACUAGAAGAAAAAUCUUAAAGAGACUAAGACCUACGACCCCCGACAAAACUAGUUUCAGGUACACCACAAGUUGAAACUAUAAAUCAAAUUUUACAUGUAAAGAAUUACCCACCCUUCUCCUUACAAAUUUAAAAUAAAUUAAAAAUACAGAGUAUAAAAUUUUAAACUAUUUACAGUUUAGAUCAUUUUAAAAGACCUUAAAGAGAUUUAAAUGUUACUUUAAGUGUCAACCUUUCUCAUCGCAUCUAGUAAACUGUUCCACAGUUUUGAUGCGCUGUAACGCCACAACCUUAGGCUAUAGGUCAUGGUUGGUUGAAUUGACCUUUAACAGAUCCACCUUUUUGGAUUUCCGUGAUUGUACGUGGACAAGAGACGUGGAGCAUCUCAGCUUUAUUUAUUAGGUGGUCUGAUAACGGGCGGACUUUCACCCUCUACUCCCCGUAGUAAAAAUGUAAUCUUUUUUUGCGAAUUCUGACAUGAAUGCCUAAAUGAGUAAACGAUCAAGAUAUUUAUUACGAAGAGAGAAUAUUGCCAAUUGCUUCUUCUUUUUCCCAGGCUACUGACGAGCAAAUAUUUCAGGCUGCGCGUCGCCUGGUAGCGGCUGAGAUCCAGGCCAUGACAUUCCGCGAGUACUUGCCUUCGCUGUUGGGGGGCACCACGCACAUCCCUCCUUAUCAGGGGUACAAUGACACUGUAAACGUUGGCAUGAGCAAUAUGAUGUCAACAGCUGCCUUCAGGUAACAAACGAAUUCUUAUUAUUCAUAUUUUAUUUGAAUGUACAAUUGAAAGAGGCCCUCUAUAAUUAUAGAGCGCACUUUGCUGGGGCUUCAUUUCCUGUAUGAUCUCACCCCGCCGACCUAGACCACUGACGGCAAAAGAAAAAAAAAUGAUAGAAUUGCGCUAACCCGCGCACUGAGUAAACGAAGGCUUUAUGUCUGUAGGAACAGUGGUGCUUUAUCGGCAGGGAGGUGGAAAAUAAUAGUGGCCUUUUUAACCCCAUAAACAAAGUAAUAUCAAAAGUAAAAUUCUCAUUUGUUUUCUCUAUACGUUUUCUUUCAACACAAACAGUGAGAGAAUUUGUUGAAAUAUCUGUUAGAUUCGCCUUCUGUGAUCAUGUGCUCAAUUCUAAUGACCACUCUGUUUUAUAAAGCAUUCAUGAUAUUGCAGAUCACUCUUAGGGCUGAAAGGGCUAAACUGAGAUUAUGGCAAACCCAACAGCUGACACAGCUUGGAUCACAACGGUUUGAAUGUAUUGCUAUUUUUACCUGUAGAUUUGGCCACAGUCAGGUCAACACUCACUUGUGGAGGUAUGAAGAGGAUGGCACGAUGUCUCCGUAUGGACACGUUUCUCUGAGAGACGUUUUCUUUUCUCCUGAAAGAGUGAAGAGGGAGGGAGGACUGGACCCUCUGCUUAGAGGAGCAGUAAGGCAAGCAGCUCAAGAGGUCGAUUUGAAGGUUUGUAGUGUGACAGACAUGGAAUUACUGUGUUCACCAGCAACACAUCAGACCAGUUUUUCGAGUUAGUUAUUACCUUACGAUCAUAAAAAUCUUGGUAAAAAGUAAAACCAGGAGUUCAUUUGCAAACUUCUCUUAUUUUUCUCACUAACUAGGACAAUUAGACUCUUGUUUUGAAGAACGGAUUUUCCAAUUACUUUUGUCACCAAUGGCACAUCAUCAUCAUCGUCGUCAUCGUUGUCGUCGUUACCAUCACCACCGCCUCUUCCACCACCAUUACCACCACCACCACCAUCAUCAUCAUCAUUAUAACUAUCAUCAUCAUUAUCAUCAUCAUCAUCCUAGUUAUUCUAUAUAUCGAUCGAUUCAGUGUCAUUGUCAAGGAAACCGUUACCGUCACUAUUUAAGUCACUGGCAUUGGCAACGUGAUUAAGUCCUGAAAAAGUAUCAGAACCAGCACGGACACGAAAAUUUUAAAAGACCUUGCUAAAAGGCGAAGAAAGAAUGCCGGCCAAGCUUUGAGUCGCUACUCACAGUCCGCUGAAACUAUAUUACCACUGCCAACCGACUACCUUAUAUAUGUUACAUUCUUUGAGUUCUUCCGAAGGAAUCACGAGCCGUUGUACUUUGCCAAUUAAUUGACGAGGACUAUAACCCAUAUUAUCAAUCAUUAUUUCUUAUCAUAAGAUAAGAUAACUCUGAAGUUUUGAUUAUUUUUCAGAUGGUUGACGACAUGAGAAAUGUCUUGUUUCCCUCUGGUAGUGGUCUUGGUUCAGAUUUGGCGUCGAAGAAUAUCCAGCGUGGAAGAGAUCAUGGUUUACCGGACUACAACACAGUGAGAAAAGCUCUAGGUUUAAAAGGUAGGAAUUAAACUGACUCUAGGCAACUGUUCUAGGCAGUCUAUGUCAGUAAGUCAGUCAGUCAGUCAGUCGAACGGACGGUCGGUAACAGGUUGUCAAUGACUCUUUAACAUGGUGACUGAAAAUAAAAAUUUAAACCAGUAGCCUAUCACUAGGGUAAUAGACUGCUGAAAUGACUGAUUCCUCAUAUUCGAUUCUGUUUGUCUUCUUAAGGGUUAACCAGUUUUUCAGAGAUCACCAAAGACUCCGAGGUUGCAUCGACGAUGAAGGACCUUUACCAGGACAUAAACAAUGUUGACCUCUGGGUAGGAGGAUUGGCUGAAGACCACGAAGAUGGCAGUGAACUGGGGCCAACGUUUAGAACGUUAGUGCAAAACAAUUCUUUUUAUCUCUCUCCUUUAUGGUUUCUGAUUUUUUUUUUGUAGAUAUGGUCUUCACAAUUGAGUCUAGGGGGCUAAACACGUGUUGAUUUAUUGCGAUUUCGGCUGAAAUUGAGUUUUAAAGUCGGCGUAAAUAGCAUACAUUCACUGUAAUCCUGUCCAAUUCCCCCUCCCCUCUCCCACAGCUAAAAUGGCGUCAGAAGCCUGGGAUGGCUAUUGGAUAACCCUGAAAUAUUGUAUUUCUCUUGCUAAUGCCAUGAAUCUAUGGCUGUCAACGCUGAAGGGGAGUAAUGUCUCUUCCAGAAUCAUGAUGCUUAAUUUCCUGCGAAUUAGAGACGGCGACAGGUUCUGGUAUGAACGGUAUCUGUCAAAAGAGGUAAGUGGAAUAAUUAUGUUUUACCAUUACCGCUAUAGACGCGAUUGAAAUAUAGCCAUAGUAUGAAGAGAAGUCACCCGUAAUCCUUAGACAGUAACGACAUAGCCUCGUGCCAAAAUUCAGAGAAUCAAGAGCAAGCCUGGGAAGGAGUUUUCUAAGUGCAUAAGGCACGUAGGGAAGAACGAAAAGCAGACGAGGGACGUUAACCUUUACCGUGGGUGUCCUUGGGUUAACUCAUAACCUUUCCAUGUCCUAUUAAGGCGAUGUUACAUUGGACGAAUCGCAACCACGCUUUUCAGCAUGCCGGGGCAUUGCAACAUAGUUUAGAAUUUUCACAUCUUUGCUGCCCUAAAGAUCGUCGUUGCAGAUCGUUUCGUCUAAUAUCACCUUUACGCAAAUAGGCACUCGGCUACAAGGCAGGUAACAAUAUGAAUUACUUCGACCAAUCAAAACAGAGUAAAAAAUAUACAAACCAAUUACACGUAGCUGAGCGAAGGGAAACUCGCCCAAGCCUCAAGUCAGAAGAACUAGCCAAAACAAUGAACAACGAUAGUCUGAAAACCUAUACUUGAAAAAAUUAUUUCGGUGUAGACAGCAAACUCGCUUCUUAAUUGAUCAAAGUUAAAAAUUCGCCAGUCAGUGCAACUGCAAUCACUUCAUUCUCUCUAGGCAAGAUCGCAAGAUUUGUAGAGAAGUUUCAAUUAACCGUUUCUUUCAAUUAACCGUUUGGUUUUUAAUACGAAUUAGCUUUGUAAUAACGAUAUCUAUUGUGGAAUCGAAGUGGAACCCCACUCGAUUUUAAAUUCUUACUUCAGUUUUACCUUUUGCUUUAACUAGAUGUAAAUUUCUUAAUAUAAUCUACUUACAAAAGAUAUUUUUUCAUCUAUUGAAAAAGAAUGAAGACUUUUUUAUUUGUUAUUAUUAGAGAAGCGUGACUUCACGUUACCAUGGUAGCAAAGUUCUGGAUCUCAACAAUCCUUCUUGACAGAGACGGCCAUUGGCAUUGUCGAACGAUGGAAAAAAAGUAUGGGCUACCGUUUUGUUCCUGAGUGCAAUCAAGCACAGAAGACUCAUUCCUUUCAACUUUUCGUUUCUUUCUGCCAUAUUUACAGGACGAUUUUUUUUUGAGAUCCAGAAAUUUUGCUACCACGGCAACGUGACGUAACGCUUUCUCCUCUCUAUAACCCUGGACACUUGCAGAACAUUCAUACUCAACGUUUGUUUGAAAUUAACAGGAAAUCGACAAGGUGAAUUUAAUGACGUUAGGCAAGUUAAUCCGCAUGAACACUGGAUUCAAAAGCGCACCAGAUAAUGUGUUCUUCUCCACGCAGUACUGCGCAGGCGUGAAAGAUUUCCAGUGUGUGCCAAAAACUGAAAUUCCUUCGGUGACGGAGGCCACAAGUAACGCUACAAGGAAUGCAUUGAUAGUGAUAACUGUUGUCAUGUUUGUGUUGGUGGUUUCGCUUGUAGCCGUCCUGGUAUGGUUGUUGUACCGUUCUCGGCAAAAGAGAAAGAUCAUCCCGGUUAAGCCGGCGCCAGGCAACUGA